AUGAGGGAUAAUUUGGAGGAAAAGCCCGAAGCCAUGGGCAAAGAGUUCAGUGAUGAACUCACGCCCGAGGAGCGUGAGCAUGAGAUCGAGUCACGCGACUUGCAGAGCCACCAGUACCUCGACAACGAAUCACUACACGACAGGAUUGCCUUCGCGCAGAUACCAGUGCACAUGAGGAGUCCUCGCAUGCUAGUUAUCACGCUGGGUGUGUUCGCAGCCUUCAGCGGCAUGCUGAGUGGAUUAGACCAGUCGGUAAUCUCGGGCGCGUUGCCUGGUAUCCGCAAGCACUUUAUCGCGUCCGGCGUGUGGACGAGCAUGGAUGACCCGAAACUAGCGACCGACAUUUCACUGAUUUCUUCACUGAUGCCGCUAGGCGCAAUGGCCGGCGCCUUCAUCAUGACGCCGCUGAACUUCUACUUUGGACGUCGCAACUCGAUUAUAAUCUCGUGUUUGUGGUACACACUGGGAGCGGGACUUUGUGCGGGCUCCCGCAGCGUGAGCAUGCUGUUUGCCGGCCGAUUCAUUCUGGGCAUCGGUAUCGGUAUCGAAGGCGGCUGUGUCGGUAUCUACAUCUCGGAGUGUGUACCACCAGAGGUGCGUGGUAACCUGGUUUCGGUGUACCAGUUAAUGAUCGCAUUCGGCGAGAUUGUCGGAUACGCGGCUGGUGGUGUAUUCUUUGAAGUCCGAUCGGGCAGCUGGCGCUGGAUGCUGGGCUCGUCUCUUUUGUUUUCGACGAUCCUCCUUGUCGGAAUGUGCUUCCUGCCAGAAUCACCGCGUUGGCUGGUAUCCAAGGGCAAGUACGGGCGCGCGUGGCAGGUGUGGAAGUCACUGCGCGACAUGGCGGACCCGAGAAGCCUGGACGAGUACGUGGCGAUGGAAGUGACGGUCAAAAAUGAUGUCGAGCGCUCUGCGAGCGAGAAAUGGUAUCAAAGGUACCUAGAAGUAUGCAGGGAGCCGCGUAACCGACGCGCGCUUGUCUAUGCCACGGCAAUGAUCUUUUUCGGGCAGAUGACGGGCAUCAAUGCAGUGAUGUACAACAUGUCGAACCUGAUGGCCAAAAUGAACUUCAACGAUCGCGAGUCAGUCCUGAUGUCGAUGGUGGGCGGCGGCGCGCUGUUUUUGGGAACGAUUCCCGCCGUGUUCACAAUGGAUAAGUUCGGACGACGCGUCUGGGCACAAAAUAUCCUGAUGUUCAUUGUGGGCAUGGUGCUCGUGGGAGUUGGCUAUUUAUACACCAACAAUGGCGUUGAUUACUUCAAUGAGCACAAGUCAAUUGCCUUGGGGUUGUUUUUCUCCGGCCUGGUGUUGUACAUGGGCUUCUUUGGCGCGUAUUCGUGUCUGACCUGGGUAGUUCCAGCGGAGAGCUUUGAUUUCAACACCCGCAGCCAAGGUAUGGCGAUCUGCUCUGCAUUUCUGUAUUUGUGGUCAUUCAUCGUGACGUACAACUUCGAGGGGAUGCAGAAGGCGAUGACCUAUACCGGUCUGACGAUCGGUUUCUUCGGCGGCUUGGCAGCGCUAGGCUUCUUCUACCAGCUGUUCUUUAUGCCCGAAACCAAAGACAAAACCCUAGAGGAGAUCGACGAGUUGUUUUUGAUGCCGACUAGUAAGCUGGUUGCGUUGAACACGAGCAAUCUAGUCAAGCACUUUCGGCCGCGACACAAGCAGGAACAAGUCGACACCUGCAACCCCUAA